CAGCUAAGUGCAGCCGCCCGCCUCUGUCACUGGGAGACAGUCCACUUAAAUGCAGCUCCAGGGUUGCAGGACCCCCACCAGCAUCACUCCCCGUGUGAGGUGGCAAAUGCAACAUGCUCUCCAGCUUGGGGUGUCUACUUCUCUGUGGAAGUAUUGCACUAGCCCUGGGAAAUGCACAGAAAUUGCCAAAAGGUAAAAAGCCAAACCUCAAAGUCCACAUUAAUACCACAAGUGACUCCAUCUUCCUGAAGUUCCUGCGUCCACAUCCUAAUGUAAAAUUGGAAGGUUUUCUGCUGGGAUAUGGCAGCAACUUAUCGCCAAACCAGUACUUUCCUCUUCCUGCAGAAGGGAAAUACACUGAGGCCAUAGUAGAUGCUGAGCCUAAAUAUCUCAUAGUUGUGCGACCUGCUCCUCCUCCCAGUCAAAAGAAGUCAUGCUCAGGUAAAACACGGUCUCGCAAGCCUCUCCAGCUGGUAGUUGGCACUCUGACACCAAGCUCAGUCUUCCUGUCUUGGGGCUUCCUCAUCAACCCUCAGCAUGACUGGACAUUGCCAAGUCAGUGUCCCAAUGACAGAUUUUAUACAAUUCGCUAUAGAGAGAAGGAUAAGGAAAAGAAAUGGAUUUUUCAACUCUGUCCAGCUACUGAAACAAUUGUGGAAAAUCUGAAGCCCGACACGGUUUAUGAAUUUGGAGUGAAAGACAAUGUAGAAGGUGGAAUUUGGAGUAAGAUUUUUAAUCACAAGACUAUUGUUGGAAGUAAAGGCAAAGUAAAUGGGAAAAUCCAGAGUACCUAUGACCAAGUCAACACAGUGCCAUCAUAUGUCCCGAGAAAAGUGAUCCCAGUAACAAUCAUCAAACAAGUGAUUCAGAAUGUUACUCACAAAGCUUCAGCUAAGUCCCCAGAUAGGACUCCCUAUGGAGGAACAAUACUAGUCCACCUUGUCAUUCCAGGUCUUAAUGAAACCACCGUAAAACUUCCUACCUCCAUAAUGUUUGAUAUAUCAAACGCACUCAAGACACAAUUAGCUAAGAAUGAAACCUUGGCAUUACCUGCUGAAUCUAAAACGCCAGAGGUAGAAAAAAUCCCAGCACAGCCCAUCACAGCAACUCCAGAAUCAGUGCCAAGAACCACUAAACCCACUGCGUCUAGCGCAUUAGACAUUUCAGAAACAACAUUGGCUUCAAGUGAAAAGCCAUGGAUUGUGCCUACAAGUAAAACAUCUGAAGAUUCCAAAAUUUUACCACCUCAAACUGCCGCUUAUGAUGUUUUCUCAAGCCCUACAACAUCAGAUGAGCCUGAAAUAGCAGAGCCCCACACAGCAACAAGCGAUCCAUUUCUGGAUUCUCUCCCACCUAAAACUUCUAGAACUCUUGAACAGCCAAGGGCAACACUGGCUCCAAGUGAAACACCAUUCGUUCCUCCAGAACUGGAAAUCUUUACCAGUCCUGAAAUGCAACCUACAACACCUGCUCCCCUGCAAACUACAUCUAUCCCUUCUACACCUAAACGACGCCUCAGGCCUAAAAUACCAAGAACUAAACCUGAAAGAACCACACGUCCUGGAAUAAUUACAUCUAAAAUUUCUAAAAGCCCUGAACCUACAUGGACAACACUGGCUCCCAGUAAAACACCAUUUAUUUCUUUGAAACCUAAAAUUCCUCUCAGUCCAGAAGUGACACACACCAAACCUGCCCCGGAACCUGAGACCCCACCACCAUCACCACCACCAAUAGUCUUAGAACCUGGAACACUGGGAACCAAACCUUCAACAACAUUAGCGCCACCAAAGACGAAACGACCAGGUCGCCGUCCCCGCCCCCGCCCUAAAACCACACCUAGUCCAGAUGUGCCCAAGUCCAAACCUGCUCUGGAACCUGCUACGGUACAGCCGGAGCCCUUGGGGCCCACAAUCGAUUCAAAACCACCAAAGCAAUUACUUCCUAAACCCCAAACCACAGCAAAACCAGAUAUGCCACCACCUAAAUCCGUCUUGGAGCCUGUUACAUCUGAGCCAGAAGCACCCUCCACAACCAUAGUUCCUGACACAGACAUUGAACCUGUAACUCUGAGAACUGAGGCUCUUCCAACGACAUUAGCUCCAAAAACAUCCCAAAGAACAAGAACACGUCGUCCACGUCCACGUCCCAAACCUAAAACCACGCCGAGCCCCGAGACUCCUCAGGCCAAAUUAGACUUUGAACCUGUUACUCCUGGGACAUCUUUAGCUCCAACAACAACAACAACAACAACAACCACAAAGAGACCCCGUCGUCCACGCCCCAAACUUAAAACCACACCCCAUCCAGAAGUACCUCAGACCAAACUGGUUCCUGCCACAACCCCUGAACCAGUUACUCUUAGGACGGAGGCUCCAGGGACCACAAUAGCUCCCAAAGUGCCUCAAAGAACUCGUCAUCCACGUCCCAAACCUAAAACCACACCAAGUCCUGAAGCACCUCAUACAGAACCGGUUCCUGCUACAGACCUUGAACCAGUUACUCCCAUAAAAGAGGCUCCAGGUACACCAUUUGUUCCUGUUACAGACCUUGAACCUGUUACUUUUCCAACCGAGAUCUCUGGGAUAACAUUAGCUACCAAAGCCUCACAAAGACCUCGUCGCCCACGUCCCAGGCCUAAAACCACACCGAGCCCUCAAGUACCUCAUACUAAACUGGUUCCUGUUACAGCCCUUGAACCUGUUACUCUUAAACCAGAGGCCAGAGGAACAACAUUAGUUCCAACUGCAGUCUUCGAACCUGUUACACUCAGAACUGAGGCUUGGGUGAUGACACGAGCUCCUAAAACAUCAAAACGGACCCGUCGGCCACGUCCCAAACCUAAAACCACACCAACUCCUGAGGCACCUCGAUUCAAACCUGUUUCUACUACAGAUCUUGUACCUGGCACUGAAGCUCCAGAAAUCAUGGCUCUUCCUACAGUCCUUGAACCUGUCAUUUUUAGAACCAAAACUCCAGAAACCACAUUAGCUCCCAUUGAACUGCAAACUCUUACUUUGAAACCAGUGACAUCACCAAGCCUAGACAUGACACAAAGUCAACCUGUUUCUGAAGUCGUGGAAUCGGUUACAUUUAGUACUGAGUCAUCAAAAGAAGCUAUAGUACCAACUGAAACAGAUUAUCCCACUGCCAAAGCACCACUCAGGCCAGAGGAGCCAAAGACUGAAGUUGUGGAAUCUAUUACAUAUGUGUCUGAACCACCCGAGACCAUGCUAGUUACCAUAGAAACAUCACUUCUGCCUUCCCAAACUAUAAUCCUACCCAGCCCAGAUGAGCCUCAGACCGAACCGGCUCCUAAGCAGACACCGCGCACUCCUCCCAAACCAAAAACAUCUCCACGUCCAAGAAUCCCACAAACACAGCCAGUUCCUAAGGUGUUCCAGCGUGUCACUCCAAAGCCUAAGACAUCACCAAGUCCAGAAGUGUCCUAUACUCCAUCUGUUCCAAGAGAUGUGUUCCUUCCCCAUAAACCAGACCCUGAAGUCUCUCAGAGCGAACCUGUUCUGCAACCCGUUACCUUUAGAAUUGAUCUACCAGAGACGACAAUAGCUCCUUUAGAGACACGAGGCAGCCCUUUCAUUCCUAUGAUCUCACCAAGUUCUAGUCAAGAGGAGCUACAAACCACCCUGGAAACAGACCAAUCCACCCAAGAACUCUUCACAACUAAGCUUCCACGAACAACCGAAUUGGCAAAGACAACUCAAGCACCACACAGAUUGUUUACUACUCCUGUGAGGCCCAGAACACCCGACAAACCACACGUCAGACCUGUUCUCAAUAAGACAACUGCAAGACCUAGUAGACCGAAGCCCAGUGGGAUGCCCAGAGGGAAUGGAAUAGGAACAGGGGUCAAGCAAACACCACUGCCAUCUGGUCCUGGUAGAAAUGUAUCCGUGGACUCUACUCACUCCACAAAAAAACCAGCCAUGAUCCCAGGCACUCGUUGCCCACCGUUGCCGCCUCGACCCACGCCCCCACGAAGAAAGCCUCUGCCACCAAAUAAUGUCACUGGAAAGCCAGGAAGUGCAGGAAUCAUUUCAUCAGGCCGAGUAACAUCCCCACCCUUGAGGGCAACCCUCAGACCUACAGAAGCCCCCUUGGAGAGAAUAGAGACGGACAAAAAGCAACCAACAGCUCCUGCCUCUGGAGAAGACCUUGGUAAUAUGACUGACUUUAGUUCAAGUCCAACAAGAGAAACUGAUCCUCUUGGGAAGCCAAGAUUCAAAGGUCCUCAUGUGCGGUAUAUCCAAAAGCCUGAAAAUAGGCCCUGCUCCAUCACUGACUCUGUCAAACGGUUCCCCAAAGAGGAGGCUACAGAGGGGAAUGCCACCAGCCCACCUCAGAACCCACCUACCAACCUCACAGUGGUCACUGUGGAAGGGUGUCCCUCAUUUGUCAUCUUGGACUGGGAUAAGCCGCUAAAUGACACUGUAACUGAAUAUGAAGUUAUAUCGAGAGAAAAUGGGUCCUUCAGUGGUAAGAACAAGUCCAUUCAAACUACAAAUCAAACCUUCUCCACAGUAGAAAAUCUAAAACCAGACACAAGCUAUGAAUUCCAGGUGAAACCCAAAAACCCACUUGGUGAAGGCCCAGCCAGCAACACAGUGGCCUUCAGUACUGAAUCAGCUGACCCAAGAGUGAGUGAGCCAGUUUCUGCGGGAAGAGAUGCCAUCUGGACUGAGAGACCCUUUAAUUCAGACUCUUACUCAGAAUGUAAGGGCAAACAGUAUGUCAAAAGGACCUGGUAUAAAAAGUUUGUAGGGGUGCAGCUGUGCAACUCUCUCAGAUACAAGAUUUAUCUGAGUGAUUCCCUCACAGGAAAAUUUUAUAACAUAGGAGAUCAGAGAGGCCAUGGAGAAGAUCACUGCCAGUUUGUGGACUCAUUUUUAGAUGGACGCACAGGACAGCAACUCUCUUCUGACCAGUUACCCACCAAAGAAGGCUAUUUCAGAGCAGUUCGCCAGGAACCUGUCCAAUUCGGAGAAAUUGGCGGUCACACCCAAAUUAAUUACGUCCAGUGGUAUGAAUGUGGGACCACAAUUCCUGGAAAAUGGUAGAUGCUACAAUCAUGUUCAAAAGUGCCUUCUGUUUCAACAUGGCAAAAAAUAAUUGGAAACAGUAUGAUAUUUGUCAUAUGCAUUUAAAGCUCUUAUGUUUACUAUGUAUAAAAGUUUAAAAUCUAAUUAAUAGCAGUAUUAGAUGUUUAUUAGAAAGAUUGCUAAGAAUAUUUAUCAGGUUUUACAAAGUCAUUUUAAAAAAGCAAGAUAUUGACAUUAACAGAAUAACAUUUUUUUGGGGAAGCUGGCUCCCUUUUCAUGGUAUUUUAAGAGAUCAUUGUAUAUUAUUUAUCACAUUGUUGUAAUGUUUUGAGAUACUUUUAUAACAAAAUUAACAUCAAAAAACUAAUAUACUUGUUAAAAUAUUUACUUUUAUUGUGUAUUCUUCCUACUGGUGAGUUAAUUCCAUAAAUCUCUACUUAGUUUAACUUAUUAGGUCAAAUUAUCUUCAGCAUAUAAAUCUGGGAGGAAAAAAGUCCUAAUAUUUACUUGUUUAUUUAAACUUCAACUUUUUAGCAACAGCUGAGUAUCUCUUCUGAAGCGUUUAAAUAUAGCCACUCAUGCUAAUAUUUCCUUAAAUAUCUGCAAGUUAUGUGAUUAAAAUUUUGUUUAAAUCAGUAAAUUCAUAUUAGCUAAAAAUGGAAUUGAGAAUUUGAUAUAGCAUUUCAAGACACCUAUUUUGUUCUUUCUCUACCCCGAAAUAUGUUAGUCUGAAUUUUCUUUGUAAAACUAUCCCUUUAAGCAGCUGUGUUCAUGCUGUUUUUAAUUCAAAUCAAGCUUUAUGCAGAAACUGAUUGUAAAGUCUAAAGCACAAAAGGAUAAUGCAUGAUGAAAUCCCUAUUAUUUUAUAGGGUAUUUACUAUAUUUUUAACACAGAAAAUCUCUAGGAAUGAAUGUUACCAGAGGCUGUUUUCAUAAUUCUAUCUAACUCAACUUGUAAUGAAAAUCUGACUCAUUUUAAUUUACAAAAGUGUUGUUCCACUUCAUUUGGGGAGAGAGAUGGGAAUGUUGCAUUGUUGCCCUCAUUCUUAAAGGACCUUUCUUUGCAUCCUUUCAACAUGCUUCAAUUUUAUACUACGUUUAUGUUUUUCAAACAAGUAUUAACUCUGCAAUAAAGAGAUGUAGUUUUUUUUAA